AGUGCAUCAGCUGUGCAGAGCCUGAAACACCUUGAAGUGCUGGGAGUAACAAUGGGGGGAUUUAAGAGCAAGCAGGGAUUGUCAUCUGAAGAUGUUUUACCUUUGGAAAUGGCUGCCCUGGGUCGACCCUUCAAGGUGGGGAUGCUCUAUGACUGUCGCACUGACUCUCUCAUUCCAGGUGUUACUCUAUGGGACAUGGAAAACCUCCAGAAAAACCUCAACAUUAAACCUCAGAAGAACACGCAGGUCAAUAUCAUCAAGUCAGACUCCUGGGAUGAGAAAACUUCAGUCUUAAAUAUGACAGCAUCACUUAAAGCGAGCUUCUUGUGUGGUUUGAUUGAGGUUGGAGGGUCUGCCAAGUACCUUAAUGACACCAAAUCAUCCAAACGACAGUCCAGGGUCACCCUGCACUACAGCACAACAACAAGAAUGGAGCAGCUCAACAUGAGCCACUUAGGGAGGCAGAACGUCGUCUGUCCAGAGGUGUUUGAGCAGAAAUCGGCCACCCACGUUGUAACAGGUGUGUUCUUUCAGGAUUCCAUGCAGAUUUACACCAAUUUGACAAAGCAUAUUGGCCAAGAUGACAAGCUAGCUGUGCCUGUCCAGGUCUGGUUGCACCCGCUGAAACAUCUCGACUCACAGGCUGCUCAGCUGGUACAAGAGGUCAGUGUGGCACUCGUGUCCAAAUCUCAGGAGGUCCUGGAGGAAUUAGACGAGCACAUCAUGAGGUGUAAUGACAUCAUAGAGGAUAGUGUGGUUAAUAAGUUUCCUAUAAUUGAGAAAAAUGCUGAGGAAUUCAAAUCAUUGCUUUUUCAUUAUAAAUGUAUUUUUCAAAGAGACCUCGCAAGAGUCUUGCCAGCUAUCAGAAGGGGUGAUGCAAGUGAGGCAGAUCUGGGAGACAUUCUGAAAAAGAAAGAAGAGUCACCAUUCAAGAAGUGUGUCAUAAAAACAAGGCUGGAGAAAAGAGAAAAGGAAAUCACUAUACUCAGAAGUUUCUUUAAUCAAAUUAAAGAGAUGAAACUUGAUAUUGUUAUAAAUGACCUGCAUACAUUCAUUUCUGACAAUAGCAUAGAAAAUAUUGUCUGUUUGACGUUCACUUCACUCCAUGUGUGUCGGUCAUACACGUUGGAAAUGGAACGCUAUCUUCAAAUCUCAUCUAGGCAGUCUCCACAUCAUCUGUCAGAGCCAAGUGAUGAGUUAAUCAUCCAGAAUUUCAGACAGCAUUCUGAGCGUUUCAUUGAAUUUGCUAAAGUUAACCAAAACAGCAAGACAACAAGAUUUCUCAUCCACUCCAUGCAUGAUGUUGAUUAUCUUGGAGCAUCAGUCUAUUUGUAUAAACGUGGGCGUCUCAUCAACCACAACUUUCAGCUCCCAUCUAAACCUGAGCCUCUUGUGGUCAACUUCCAAACAGAAGACAGCGUAAUCCUAAACUUAAAACCACAAAAGUGUGACAUUGAAGGGUACAGAGUGGAGUAUAAGCGACUAGAAGAUAAAGAAUGGAAGACUAUCAACACGACUAAUAAAAGUGUAAAAUUUACCAUCACAAAGUUACAUCCAGCUUCAACAUAUCAACUCAGACACAGAGCCAUUUGUCAAGUUGGUGUGAGUCAGGCCAGCGACACGAUUGAAGAGAAGACACUGCCUGUUAAAAGGCCUACAGGAAGACAUGCUAUAACAGACAAAUGUAAGAAGAUAAAAGGUGGAAAAUUAAGACUUUAUCUUUUGCCUUUGAAACUGAAGUUCAUAAAUACUGUGAAGAAGAUUGAAACAUUUCCCUUUGGAAACAGAACAUCCAUCAAACCUUCAAAAUCAAUUAUGGUCCUUGGCGCAACAGGUUCUGGCAAAUCCACCCUCAUCAACGGAAUGGUCAACUACAUCUUAGGUGUCCAGUGGGGGGAUGACUUCAGGUUCAAGUUAAUACAUGAAGAAACAUCUAGAAGUCAAGCUGAAAGCCAAACAUCUGCUGUCAGUGCCUAUGAAAUGAACUACCAGGAUUGUUUCAAGGUCCCAUACUCCUUCACUAUAGUCGACACGCCAGGUUUUGGAGACACCAGAGGAAUUGAUCGGGACAAACAAAUCAUUGAGCAGAUACGAGAAUGUUUUUCAUCUCCACAGGGGGUCCAGCACAUUAAUGCAGUGUGCUUUGUGGUUCAGGCCUCCCAAGCUCGACUGACGCAUGCACAGAAGUAUGUCUUUGACUCCAUUUUGUCCAUUUUCGGUAAAGACAUAGCCAAGAACAUCUUGAUCCUGAUCACAUUUGCAGAUGGUCAGCGUCCACCAGUUCUCGAUGCAAUAAAGGAGUCUAACAUACCGUUCCCCAAAGAUAACAAAGGAAACCCUCUUUUUUUCAAAUUUAAUAAUUCGGCCCUCUUCGCUAAUAAUGACGAGACUGAUAGCAGUGAUUGUCUGAUGUUUGACAAAAUGUUUUGGGACAUGGGUGCAAAGAGCAUGGAGGGGUUUUUUGAAUACUUAGAGAAGAUGGAUGAUAAAAGUUUAGCACUAACUAAAGAGGUACUUAAAGAGCGCAGGUGCUUGGAGACUGCAGUGGAAGGAUUGCAGCCACAAAUCAAAGCUGCAUUGAUUAAACUUGAAGAAAUGAGGCGCACCAGUUACAUUUUAAAAAAGCAUAUUACUGACAUAGAGAGCAACAAGGACUUUGAGUAUGAAGUGGAGGAACCAGAGACAAUAAGAGAGAGCAUUGCAGGCACCGGCAAGUUCAUCACUAACUGCCAGAAAUGCAACUUCACCUGUCAUUUUCCAUGCUCACGUUCAGAUGAUAAAGAUAAGAUUGGAUGUGCUGCUAUGGAGUACGGGGUCUGCAAAGUUUGUCCCGGUAGAUGUGUGUGGAGUGUUCACUCCAACCAACAGCACAGAUUCAUUUAUCUGUCUAAGAAGGUCACAAAGACGUAUGAUGAGCUUAAGAAGAAAUAUGAAGAAGCGAAAGGGGAGAAGAUGACAACUGAACAAGUGUUUGAGCGUCUUCAGCAUGAAUAUGGUGAUGUGAAAGAGGAGGUUCAUAAACUCAUUAAAAAGUCUUACGAAAGCAUAAAACGACUUGAAGAAAUCGCCCUCAGACCAAACCCGCUGUCCACUCCCGAGUACAUUGAGCUCCUCAUUCAGGCUGAAGAACAAGAAGCAAAGCCGGGAUGGAUGGAGCGAGUGAAGUCACUGCAGGAAGUGAGGGAAAAGGCGGUGAUAAUAGAAAAAGUCAGUAGAAAUGAAAAUCUCUUACCAAGUGAGCAGAAGGAGCACAGUGAUCAAGAGGAGUGGAUGGAAGACUGGGGAAACAAUUCUAGUUGGUUUAGCACACCAUAUCAGGAAGUAGAAGGCAAAGCAAGUUUUGAAGCCAAAGGGCAGAAGAGAAAAUCAUCAGAGACAUUGUGCCAGGUGAAUAUCAAAGUUACAAAGCAACACUUCUGAAGAAAAGAAGACACAGAAAAUGAAAUUGUCACAAGGAAAUUUGCUAUAUAUGGUUUAAUUUCAGAUACUGAAUGAAUAUUUUUGGGACCUUAGUACCAGCACAACUGAAGACAUCUGUUAGGGAAUAUGAUUUUAUUUUGAAGCAAUCAAGAAUGUUAAAAUGUGUUUUAUUUGUCUUUGUUUUUAUUCUGAGUUGUUUGUUAAAAGUUUUUUUGGAAGAUAAGUGCAGUAUAGAACUGCAACUUUGACUAUUUUUAUUUUACUGUAAUUUCUGAUCUCUGUAAAAGUUACUUAUCUAACCACAAAAAGAGGAAAUGUUAGUAGAGACAGCAGACCACAACUUAAACCGGCAAAAAUGAAAGUUACCACUGUUAAAGGGCAGCAUGAUGAAAGUGUAGGGCAAACCUGGCAUUUCUCAUUCACCUAGGCAUUUUGUGGCACACAGGGCUUGUUAAGACAGCAGAUUUAAUUUAGAAAUUCAGCCGUAUUUCCCAACCUGCAUUCUUUAGUUAAUGACUGAACAGCAGCUCGUACCGACACUUUGGUCAGCUCUGUUGUACAUCUGAUAACAAACGUGUAAAUCAGAGUUGAGUGGGAACCUCUGCAGAGACUCCUUUAGACAAAUAGGCACCCAAAAUGACAUUUUAACUUUUGACUCGUAACUAGAAGCUGAAUUUAACUCUUUCAGGGCUGAUGUCGACUUUUGUUGAAAGGAGUUGACGAUGGUUAUCAACUGUAAACUGUGACAAAACCAACUGUUACGUUUUAGUUGGACUUUCGUUGCUGGAAGGAGAGUUAGCUUCAUUGGUCUGACUGAGAUUUCCUGCACUUGUGUGAGUAGUAAGGUGCAAACAAGAGCAAAAAUGGCGCUGAUAUAAUGGCGAGAGGGCAAAGAGAAUGCGUAAAGCAAAAUACUCCAUGGACAAAGUUUUGCCUAUUAUCUCUGAACUGGACUUUGACUUG